CCAGUCAAGAACAAGAAACAUGUGGCAUGGUUGGACAAGGAAAAUGUAACGGCAUGCAAAGAGCUCUCCCCACACGGAGCACGCCACAGACCAUCUCUUGGAAGGGGCGGCUCUUCAAUUCUUCACGUCCUAACAUACUCGUAGCAUCAACAAAGAGAAAGACAGACAUAGAAGACGAGUAUGCAUAUAUCACGCAUGCAAGUCGCACACAUACAAUGAUUUCGGGGCUUUCCAGGCUAGUAGGGCUGUCAUUUCUCGUCUGCCUCGGACUUCCUUUCGCCCUGUUCGCUCUCUUCACGACAUCUCUUGCGCUGGGAACUCUCCUUUUCCGACUUCUCUUUGUCUACUUUGACCUCUUCAUCGCCAUCUUGAACAGCGCAAUAGUUCCCUCAUCACCACCCACACCUCUACCUUCUCCGAGCGCCAAAUCCGCACGCCGCAAGAAGCACACGACACCACCCACACCAUCUGCAGCGCUUCGCAAAUCACCUUCUUUCGCAAGCCUGGUCGGCAGCGGAUCAGACAGAGAUUUUGAAGGCGUAGGAGGUUGGAGAUUUCCCGAGAGUGCAGACGAAGAAGCUGUCUGGAUGAACAUGAACCGAUACCUCGAAUUACCUGCUUCACCGGCCGUCGCGAGGAAGCAUAGGAGGACGGGAACUGGCAACGGAACACAAAGCCCUCUAGUCGCGAGAGGAAUGACCAGGACUUCUGGCAGUGCAAGUCCAGAGGGUUACUUCAGCAUCAGAGUUGAGAGUAGAGAAGGGCUAGGAUUGAGUUCUAGAAGCGACGGUUGAGCUUGGGGAAGAGCACAAGGGACGCUGCUCAGACGAGGAAUGGUCAUGAGUUUAUGAAUUACGGGAUCACGGUUACUACAUCUAUUGAGAAAUGUGAAUACAAACUGUAUCUACCAUGGAAG